AUGGGUACCGCGUGUGGCUGCUUCGCCGGCUUAACCAGUGAGGUUUCUGCCAAGGCGUCAGACCCGCCACUGUUAGCAGGCGUGCCAGCCAUUUCGAGUUCAGAUGGCAGACAGGGCAGCCAGACGUCUUCAAAGCCAGCGGCAGACGAGAAAGGAUACGAUCUUCUUGAGGACAUCAAGACAUGGAAGCCCGGGAUUGGAGGCAUUGUCGACAUCUCCCCGGACAGCUCCUCCAGCGUGUUGUUGAAGCCGCCGGAUGAGAUUGACAAGGAAGCACGGGCACCUGCGGAUGGCGCGGAGGUUAGUCUCGACGUGGAAGUGCUGGAAGUGCGUGAGUCUUCUCUGGAGACUCGCCUGGCUUGUCGCGGCCUUCGUACGGCUUCAGGGAGUGGUGAAGUUCGGCUACCAGAAGAGUUGGAGCUUGCUAUACCACACUUGAAGAAGCCGGCGGGGACGUUCAUUAUCUUGUGCGACUCCUUCUGCCAGUUUGGAGCUUUGCCGGAGACUGGCGUAUGGCAAGCUCUGGCUCCAUGUUUCGGCAAGAAGGUGAUCCUCAGAAUCGAACUUGUGGAAGUUCAAGAUCUUUGUCUUGCCACGCUCGAGGGCCACGAGCGUCUAGAAUAUGCAAAAGGACGUAAAGAUGCAGGAUCCAAGUUUUUCAAGCGAGAGAAGUUCGAGCCAGCCCUUGAGCGAUACAGCCUUGCUGCAGAGAUGCUGACCCACCGUGAUGACAUCAAGGACAACGCGCUGUGGGCACAGGCGCAGGAGGUUCGGGCAUUGUCAGAGUUGAAUGCGGCUGCUUGCCUGCUGAAGUUGGAGAAAUGGAGGGAAGCAGAGGCUGUCUGCAACGCUAUCCUCCGAGCCAGCCCAGACAAUGAGAAGGCAUUGUUUCGACGCGCAAAAGCAUUGCUGGCUUUGGGUGAUGCAGCGAGGGCAGGGGUUGAUUUGCGCAGGGUGCUGGAGGUGAACUCUAGCAACGCAGAGGCAAAGCAGCUGCUGCAGAAGGCUCGCCAGGAAGGGAAGGGAACGGAGAAGGAGAAAAAAGUCUACGCGAAGAUGCUCAAGUGA